CUUGAGGCACGGCAAGGUUGCCAAGCGGCUGAAUUUCGAUCACGUGAUCACGGGGAAUGCUGCAAAGGUCCUAAGGGUGAAAACCAGACAUAAGUGCCACUGUAACUCUGAAUGGCCACUAAACGAACUGUUGUAAAUCGAGGACGAUCUGUCCUGCUAGGCUUCAGAAGAAAAGCGGUGAAGAAUUCGAGUUCAGAAGAAACACGCGUGGACCCCAACGGAGCCGAAGCCUCUCCUCCCAAGAGGCAGGUCUUAUUUUCUCUCUCAUCCUUGCCGAUGCCAGGGCUGCAGCUGCCCAGAGUGGAGGCGGCAAAAGUCUCAUGGAGGCGCUGCUAGAGAAACUGCGGACAGGCUUUCCCGCACGGCUUCGUCAAAUUGCGCCACUGGGAAAGCCCCACGCUACCCAUUCCCAGCACCGCCCUCCGGAAACGCAAGCUUCGCUCUACAUCCACUGGCCUUACUGUGAGAAACGCUGCAGUUACUGUAACUUCAACAAAUAUAUUCCCCGAAAUCUGGAUGAGCUUAGAAUGAAGAACUGCCUCAUUCAAGAGGCCCAGACUUUGAUCCAGCUAAGCAAAGUUCAGAGAAUCACUUCUGUAUUCUUUGGUGGGGGAACACCAAGCUUAGCCAGCCCACUCACCAUUGAUGCUAUCCUGGACACUGUCUCCCAAUGUGUGCAUUUAGCAGAAGGCGCUGAAGUUACUUUGGAAGCAAACCCUGCUUCAGCAGACACCCUCCGCCUUUCUGAGUUCCAGAAAGCUGGUGUGAACCGCCUCUCCAUUGGUAUUCAGUCAUUUGACAAUGCAGAACUCAAGCUUCUUGGAAGGAACCACACAGCUUGUGAUGCUUUGAGAACUUUAGAAGAAGCCAAGAAACUCUUUCCAGGGCGUACAUCUUUUGACUUAAUAUUUGGUCUCCCAGGACAGACUGUUACUUCCUGGAUCCAAGGUUUGGAGAAAGCACUUGCAGUAUGCGAUGACCAUAUAUCCCUUUACCAGUUGACUCUAGAAAGAGGCACAUCUCUCUUCAAGCAGGUUCAUCAGGGCUUUCUGCCCACAACCAAUGUGGAUGUAGUAGCAGAAAUGUAUGAGUGUGCACGUCAUAUUCUACAAAAUUCAGGUUUUCACCAGUAUGAAGUCUCCAAUUUUUCAAAGAAUGGGGCAUUUAGUACUCACAACCUCUCCUACUGGCAAGGGAGCCAAUAUAUUGGCAUUGGACCAGGAGCCCAUGGGCGAUUUGUACCAUGGGGGGAUGGUAAGAUCCAUCGAGAGGCAAGAAUACAGACUUUGGAACCUGAUAUAUGGAUGAAAGAAGUAUUGGCCUUUGGACAUGGGACUCGGAAACGGACUCCAUUCAGGAAACUAGAUAUACUGGAGGAGGUUUUGAUGCUGGGACUCCGUAUGGAUAUAGGAAUCACACACCAGCACUGGUUGCAGUUUGCCCCCAGUCUCGGUCUGUGGGAUGUGUUUGGUGGAGCAGAGGAAGUCAAAGAGCUGGAAGAGCAUGGGUUGCUUUUUCUGGAUGGCAGGGGACUUAGGUGCUCUUGGAAGGGUCUGGCUGUGCUUGAUUCUCUCCUGCUCAUACUCCUGAAGCAGCUUCAAAAGGCCUGGAUGGAAAGGGAAAAGAGUGAGAACUAGCUACCAAUAUAAUUUUCAUAUUGGAAGUUAAAGAGCUUUCAGAGAUGGUUUAUAGUCUAGAAAAUUGUUCCAAUGCAAAGGUCACAUCCCAAGAAAUGAACGUCUCUUCAGUGAAGCCAAUGAACUGAUUGUUUUGUCAUGCUACUGGAUUCACGAUUUGCUCUGAACUGAACAAUUACUGCAUCCCUGGCUUUUGUCUCUUUAUACUAGGAUGAAAAAUUAUCUAUUAUUCUAGUGUCAUUGCGGCUUGUACUGGAAAUAAAUGAAGCAUGAAAUAUCUUUACGCUGCAUAAAUAAAUGGAUUAUACAGGAACAGGUUUUCAUUAACUAGAAUCUUCCACUUUUGUAAGUACUAAAUAAAGGAAUGUUCCUGAGGGAAGAAUUGACCAUGAAGAUAAUAAAAGAUUUGUAUGUUGUAAAUACAGGGGCACUUCUCAUACAUUCAACUCAGUACAACUGGAAUAUCUUUGGGCUGUUGCUUACACACAAAAGCUACUAAUGCUUCUAGCACAAUAACUUGCCAUACAACAUUCCACUGCAUUCAUAAUCCCAAAUUUUCAUUAACAUUUGACCUGUUAUACUCCCUAUUGAAAUUCCAAACUCUACCAUAGGAACAGUCUGAAUUAGUUCAAGCAGCCUGCUGUGCUGCUUCUGUUUAUGAUUAAUUCCAUGCAACCCAUUCUUGAUAAUGCAUUUACUGGAAUUACUGGAAUACAGGUACUCCUUGGGUUACAGUGGCAAUUGGGAGUGGAAUUUCAGUUGCUAAAUGAUGUCAGAAAGCACAAUGUCACAUGACCACAUCAUUUAGCGAUGGCAAUUGCUGCAGUCCUCAUUAUCAUUGUUAAGUGAGGAUUGGGACUUAAAGUGAACAUCUCCUUGCAACUUCCAACACCUAAAUUAGUGGGAAAGAAAGUUGAAUGCCCCAGGCAGUUUGCAAACAGGUAACUGGUGGCUGCUACUGUGUGGGAGAGGGAGUGAAAGGGUGUAUGGGUGGGCAAGGAGGCAUGGUGCAAGUAUGGCUUGGGGUGGCUGCUACUGGGUGUGGGAGGGUGGGCAAUGAUACAUAAGUAUCAGGGAGAGUGCAAAUGGCCAGGGAGGUGCAGCACAAGUACAAUGAGGCUCAGGGAGUGGACGUAAUGGUGUGUCAGUAGCAUGUAAGAUACAUAAAUAUAAUUAAUAAAUGCCUUCUAAUACUUUUGCUAAUUGCUAAGCUUUCACCUGAAAACUAGGCUGAACAACCAUGCAAAUUCACCAACCUUUUUAUUCGUUUUACUGUAUCUUAAUUGAGAUCUGUGACCUCUUUUCCU